AUGGGUCAGGCCGAGGCGCGCCGAGCAGCAGGGCUCCCUGUGCUGCCGCGCGAAGUCUUGGCGGAUGCCAUAGCCUAUUUGUCCCUACCUGCCUCUGAGGGCGACUGGCCUGCUACGCAAGCCUUGCUGCGCCUCAGCUCCGUGUGCCGACUGGUGCGCCACUGGGCGCUGUCGGCUCUAUACGAUGUACUUGUGCUUCCGCGGCAUAUCACGCGUUUGACGCAGACCUCGGCGGGCUGGGAGGCUGAACUGCUCCGUCUCCUGCACCAUUGCGGCUCGACGAUCGAGUACUUGUCACUGUGGCAGACCGAGUCGCGCGCCCUGCUCCGGGACGCGGCGCAGGUUAGUGGACAGCACACGAAAGCUGCCUGGGCGGUAGGAGAGGCUUCCACGACUGAGGCGGACGAUGCGGAGCACAAUGCACCGGCUGUCGACCAGGACAUGCCGCGCUGGCUUCAGGACGAGUUGGCACGCGCCCCGGCCGAGACUGUUGCUCGUCAACACCUCGCGCACUUUCCGCUUGUGCCCCGCGCACUGCCUACGCCAGCAGCGUGGCGCCAGCGCCCUCCGGCGCGACUUUGCACGCCGCGGUGUCUGAGCCUGGUGAUGUACUAUCCCUUUUAUGAAAAUGAGCGACCGGAGCUCUUUGCGCGGAUGGUCGUAUGGUCGCGUGUUGAGGAGCUGGAUGUAUAUGUACCGAUGGAACCACGCAAAUCGCUGCAGUUGCUCGCGCAGCUCGGACAUACCCCUGUGUGGCGCCUGCGCAUUUCCGCGCCGCAUGCGACCAUUGCCAUCGAGUCGCACAGUGACCGCUGGUCAAACGCGUGUGCUGUGCUCUUAGCGCUGGUGUCCCAUCCCGACUUGGAGACGGCGCUAGUCAACGAGCUGCGCGGCCGCGCAACGGACGAUGCACAUGUUCUGGAGGCUGCAUGCCUACGAUACCUAGCUGGGGCCCACAUGCCCGCCAUCGCCCAGCCACUCGAUGAGGUGCGGCACUGGCAGGCCCAGCUGCGUGUACGACUGACACUCACGCAAAAGAACCAGGCGGUGUGGGGCAAGCUGCGGCACCGGCUAUGGGACUUUCGGGAACGUGCGCAGCACCAGCGGCCUGGUGCCUGGGCAGAGUUAUUGCGCGACUAA